GCAGCGAAUGCCCUGCUGCCUGCAAGCCAGUCAGGCAGGAGUGGAGGAACAAAAGAGGAUUACUUCCCCCUUUCUCCCUGUGUGAGCUUUUGUGCUUUUCCCCAGCAGCCUCAGAAGGGCUGAUCUCUCCACCUCCUCAAUGCCUCCUGCAGCUCUGUGAGGGAGGCAGAGUUGUAGCUUCACUGGCCCUAGCUGUCUCCAGGAUGCAUCGGAUGAUGAAAGAAGAAUCCAGUUACAGAACAAGCAGCCUUGAAAAUGCAACUCAAGAGCAGAGCAAAGAAAAGCUGCACAUGAAACUCUGCAGUGGGUCCUGCCAUGCUGAGCAAAUCCUCCGGACUCUGAACUCCUACCGGCAGAGCGGCAUCUUCACGGACGUGGUGCUCUUGAUUGAUGGGCAGGAGUUCCCCUGCCAUCGGGCCACCUUGUCAGCCAACAGCACCUACUUCCGGGCCAUGUUCAGUGGUAGUCUCAAGGAAGGCCACCAAGACAUCAUCAACAUCCAGAAGAUCUCUGCCUCCACCAUGAGCCUCCUCCUGGACUAUAUGUAUGGGGGAAACAUAGUCAUUCAGGAAGACAAUGUUGAAGACAUCUUAGAGCUGUCCGACUUGCUUCAGAUCUCCAAGCUCACAGAUGCGUGUGUCACUUUCCUUGAAGGCCAGCUUCACCCGUGCAACUGCUUGGGCAUCCUGAAGUUCGCCAACUCAUUCUCUAUCGCCUCCCUGGCUGAGAAGAGCAGGAGGUUUAUGCUAGAAGGCUUCGUGGAGGUGUCAUGUCAUGAGGAGUUCCUGGAGCUGAGCGUGAAGGAGCUGGUCAAGUAUCUGUCAGAUGAGCAGCUGGUAGUCCCCAAGGAGGAAGUGGUCUUCGAAGCGGUGAUGCGGUGGGUACGGCAUGAUGUUGCCACCAGGAAAGGGGCUUUGAAGGAUCUCCUUGAGCACGUGCGCCUCCCUCUGCUGGAUCCCAUGUACUUCCUGGAAAAGGUUGAAAUGGACGAGCUCAUCCAGGACUCCAAGGAGUGCAUCCCUUUACUGCACGAAGCACGGAAGUACUAUAUCCUUGGGAAUGAAGUCAGCUCCCUGCGGUCAAGGCCUAGGAGGUUCAUGGAAUUAGCAGAAGUCAUAGUAGUUGUAGGUGGCUGUGAUAAGAAAGGCCUCUUGAAGCUCCCCUUCACUGAUAUGUACCACCCGAAGAGCAGGCAGUGGACAGCACUCUCUAGCGUGCCAGGAUACACCAAAUCGGAGUUUGCAGCCUGCACCCUAAAGAAUGAUGUGUAUAUAUCAGGAGGGCACAUCAACAGCAGCGAUGUUUGGGUGCUGAGCUCCCAGCUGAAUGUCUGGAUCAAAGUUGCCUGUCUGCACAAGGGCAGAUGGAGGCACAAAAUGGCGACUCUUCAGGGCAAGAUCUACGCAGUGGGGGGGUUUGACGGCUUUUACCGCCUGGCCAGCGUGGAAUGCUACGAUACAUUCUCCAACAGCUGGUCGGCCGUUGCCCCUUUGCUGGAAGCAGUGAGCUCGGCGGCUGUGGUCCCCUGUCUGAACAAGCUCUACGUGAUUGGGGGUGCUGUGGAUGACAGCGCAAACACAGACAAGGUCCAGUGCUAUAAUCCUGAGGAGAACAAAUGGACAUUCCUGUCUCCCACUCCCUUCUAUCAGAGGUGCAUUAAUGCUGUCUCCUUGGACAACAUGAUUUACGUUGUGGGUGGACUCCUGAGUAAAAUCUUCAGAUACGAUCCCAGGAAAGACACCUGGAGAGAAGUGGCUACUCUCCCAGGACCUCUGGAGAGCUGUGGGGUGACGGUGUGCGGUGGGAAGAUCUACAUCCUGGGUGGCCGGGAUGAGAACGGGGAAGGCACGGACAAAGCUUUCACUUUUGACCCAGCGACAGGGAAUGUGGCACAGCAACCCCCGCUGCAACGCUGCACCAGUUACCACGGCUGUGUUACUGUUCUCCAACGUGUGAGCAGAUGACCCUGUCGCUUCCUUCCCCUCCCCAGGAAGAAUCCCCCUGGAGAAGGCAGUUACGCUCAGUGCCAAAAAAUGACCCUCUGUCCUGUUCAUUAUUAUUAUGUGCCAGUCUGUGUGGAAGAGCAACGUCAGGUGACCAAUUCAGGCAGGAAGGAAGGUGGGGGUCAGGGGAGUCACGACUGCAAAUAUUAAGUAAUUGCUUUCAUUGUUUUGGUGGAGGCAAAUGCUGCUUUGUGCUGGGGGAGGAGGCAUGUGGGCAGUGCAUAACAUACGGGGCAGGGAAUACUGCGCUAAGACCGUGCCCUCCAGUAGGUCUCAAGUAAAGCUCGUCAGCAAUUUUCUGACAAAACGUAUUUUUUUUUGGUCAGAACCAAAACCAUUGGCAAAAUGGCAUCUGAUUCGACAGACUCUGAAAACGUUUGGUUUAAAAAAAGGAAAGUUCCAGUUGUUCAAGACUAAGUGAAUUUUUGCUUGUAAAUUUUAGUCAGUUUACACCCACACACACGGAAAAAAGGUCGCAUUCUGCACAAAACCCUUUGAAAUUAUAGAAACAGUUAAAAUGAUUUGAUCUGAUUUUUUUUUAUUUUUAUUAUUAUUAUUAUUAUUAUUAUUUUUCAAUUUGUGAAAAAUUUUGAGAUUUUUUGCCUUUUUUUAAUCCCCAUUUGGGAUGGGGGAAAACAUUUCAAAAUGUCAAAACUUCUGAAGUGUCUGCAAGGUAUCUGAUUCUAUUUAAUGACCUUUAAUCAGCUCAGCCCUACCAGGUAUCUGCUUAAGACAAGAAAGGUUUCACUAUAGAUUCCAGUUCCCCAGUUCAUUACAACCUGAGGCCUUGAACCUGCAGAGAUGUCUGUACAUGCAACCCAGUGGGAAGGUUAAGAUUCUGUCAUGGGUAUUUUUAGUAAAAGUCAGGGACAGGUUGUGGACAAUAAACAAAAAUUCACGGAAGCCUGUGACCUAUCCCUGAUUUUUCCUAAAAACACCUGGACAAGAGGGGGGACAAACAAAGUGCUGCUGGGCCUUGCAGCUACUCAGCCUCGCUGCUGUGUCUGUGGCAGGGGCUGACCCACAAGGGCUGAUCCAACUCCGGCUGCUGCUCUGGCGGUCCAGGGACUGCUGCUUAGCUGUUCCGGCAGCCCCUGGGGCUGACCACUGGCCCACUGUUCCAGUUGCCCCAGAAUCCAUGACCUCCAUGACGGAAUUGUAUCCUUACCCUUGGUCAAGGUGUGUUAUGUCUCCCUCUCUUCCCAAUCUACAGAGGGUAAGAGUGCAUUACAGUCCUGGCUAGCGAGCCUGGCUCUUAGCUCAAGCUGUACAGAUUUGUCCUUUUAGCUGUGGAGGGCUUUGGUUCCAUUCCUUGAGCCAGCCAAGAGAGCAGCCAUCAUGCAUGCAGAGUUUACAAGCUGAUAUUUGGUCCUAUUGACUUUGGACAUCUGGGCCUGACUUUAGACUAGAUACCUCAGGCAGAAUUCUCAGCUGGACCCCUGACAAAAUUUUCUACUAAAAAAAAAAAAAAAAAAAAAAGCGUAAAUCUUUUGUUCCAGUUCUGGGUUGAGCCAACAUGUUGGACACAGUUGUUCUCCCCUGCGGUCCCCUCCCCGCUCAUGCCUUAGGUUGCCUCGUGCUGCGCUCCCUCCCAUGGGAGGAGUGGUGUGAAGAACUGAAACACGGCAGGUGGUGGAACACAGCUUGGCUUAGAUGUAGGUUGAGCUGGCAAUUAGAAAAAAGGUCUUUUCACUUGUAAACUUAGAAGACUUGAUGCACAGCUCCUGAGAGACAAUAAUCACAGAGCCCCGGGAUGCCUCUUCUUCAGAGAAGAACUACACUUUCAGGUCAUGUCCUUAACCCAUUGCUGGAAUGGAUGGUUUCUGAUUGGCCCAUCGAGGGGAGAGCAUUGUCCAAUGAGGUUAGGACUUACAGUGGCUCCCCGAAUUCUGUGCUGGGUCUCUGACUUGUGCCUCUUAGAAACUCCAAAGUACUUGGUGUCACGUGACCUAAACCCACUUCCAGCAUCCCCCUGGUUGGGUUUGAAGGCCCCUAUGUAAGGAGGCCAUAAAUGGAUCACAUAAUUGUUCAAAGUUAGGUUUCAGAGUAGCAGCCGUGUUAGACUGUAUUCGCAAAAAGAAAAGGAGUACUUGUGGCACCUUAGAGACUAACAAAUUUAUUUGAGCAUAAGCUUUCGUGAGCUACAGCUCAC